AUUUGUGUACCUCUGUGUAUUUUUAUGUUCAAAUUGAGUUUUCCAUAGACAGCCUUGUACCGUUCACUCUGUACAUACCUGUAUAGAGUACAUUCUUUUUACUUUUUAAAAUUUAGAAUAUAUGCAAAGAAUAUGUCUUUUUGUUUUUAGGAAGCAUCGAGAAACUUUUAAGUAUCUCAUAUCUUAAGCUUUGCCCCCCUGCACACACACGCACACACACACACACACACACACACACACACACAUGCACACACACACUCUCUCUUCCCUGAUUAGCUUAUUUCUCUCUUGAAAUCUGUUCUCAUCUUGAGCCAUCCCAGCCUAUUCCAUCCAUUAUUUCUGGCUUCUCAUUUAUAGACGGAGGCCCUGAGGCUCUAGUGUACUUCUUAACAUUGCAACCCAAUAUUGUUACAAAGUAGCUUAAAAUAAUCACCAACAAUUUCAAUGUAUUAAGCAAAUUUACUAUUUUGUUUUGGUUUGUUCAGCACAUGAGACUAGUGGUAACUUUGAAAUUUUUGGGUUCAUGGUAAGGUUCACCCACGUCCCUUCCUUUCUUCUUAAUUGAAAUUUUUUUUUGUAUACUGUGCUCUGAUCAUGGUUUCCCUUUGCCUUAACUUCUCCCAGAUCCUCCCCACCUCCGUACUCCAUCUACUCCAUACAGUUCUCUUUCUCUUUCCCUCCCUCCCUUCCCCCACCCCUGCUCCCCCACAACUUUCUUAAACUCUGAUUUCUUGGAGAUCAUAUUCAUGCCUCCUAUUAUUGUUCAUAGUUAAAAUAGCUUAUUUCAGGUAUUUUUCCAGUUUUCUAGGUCUUCUUUGAAGUAGCAAGACAGUCAGUGGCGAGAUCCAAUCCUGGUUAUUGCAUUGUGCUCCUGUGUUCCCUGCUCUGGGGACCUUAACUGAUGUAGCCAUUUUUAAGCUGAGCUUCGCAUUUAACCUUUAAUGCCAAACAGUUACACUUAUGGCUACAUAUUGUUAAGAAUCGCUUAUGCGUGGGUACCCAGAGACAUAGACAAGAGAGUGCACAGCAGUAUUGUGUGCAGUAGCCCCAAACUGGGAAGAUCCAAGUGGCCACUUUAGUAAGUUGAUGGUGGCAUGUUAAUGCUGGAUCAUCUUACAUCAAUAGGAGUGAAUUAAUUGUAGCUUCUUACAUCAUCUUGUAAGUUUAACAUGAAGCAAAACAAAGGUUACAUAUAUAUAACGUGAUUUGACACCAGAUUGAAACAACUAGUUCUAAGGUUGCACAUAUAAGGGAUGGAUGACACUGUAAAGAAAAGCAAAACCAGUUAUUCUUAAUAGGAGGAAGCUUUCUUCAGUGUGGGAAUAGUAUCUAUUGGGGGCAGUAUGAUGGGGUGCCGGCAGUGUGCUUUCAUGGCUUUGGUGAUAAUUUUGUGUAGUUCACUUAAUACUUACGCUGUACACUGUUUAAAAGAAGCAGUCAAGGCCAGAUAUGGAAUACAUUCCUGUAGUUCUGGCACUUCAGAGGUGGAGACAGGAGGAUCAGAAAAUACAUUAUUAGAUUUUUUUUUUCCAUACUGCUCAGAGGACAGUUUCAGGAAGAAAAUUCUAAAGUAUUUCAAAGUGAUGUAAUAGCUAAUCACCAAGGAAACUAUAUUGAAGGUGGUAAGUACUGCUGGUUUUUAAAUCAUCUUUAAGUUGUACGUAAGUACCUCUUACUUUGCUUAACAGUAAUUCAGGAAUUUACCCUCUCCUUCACUGUUGCUUCAGUCUUUGAGCAGUGAGUGCAGGCCCUCCUAUAUGCUGGGUAAGAACUCUUUAUCACUGACGUAUACCCCCAGCCUGCUCUCAGUGCCCCUUUCUAGCAAGAGCAAUGCGUUUAUCGACAUUGAAUACUUUAUUUCCACUUGGAAGUUUGAGCAGUUUAAGAGACUGAUUUGAUUGGUUAUCAUACUAAUGAAUUACAGUUUUACCAUCAUUGAACUUAAAUUUUAGGGUUUUUUUUUAAUUUUAGAAUAUAUGCAAAUAGUAUCUAUUUUUAGGAAGCCUUGAGAAACUUAGUGUCUGGAAUCUUCAGCUGAUAUGAGUCCCUCUCUCAAAUAAAGUUAGAUAUUUGCUUUGGAGGCAUUUAAGUGACUCAAUGAGCCUCAUUUGUACUGGAGAUUUUAACCCAUUUCCAACCUCUCUCCUGAUGUUUGUGUGUACUUGAUAUUUUAAUGAAGUUGUUGACAAUUAUCAAGUGUGCCACCACCGCCCAGCUUCUUCUGAUUGUUAACUUGACUACACCUGUAAUCAACUAAAACCCAAGCAGCUGGUCAUUGCUGUGAAAGAUUUUUUUUAAUUGUUAAUGACUUAUUUCUUUUUAUUUUAUGCACACUGGUGUUUUGCUUGCUUGUAUGUCUGGUGAGAGAUUUGUCAGGUCCCUUGGAACUGGAAUUACUAGGCCUGAUGGGAUUCCUUCCAUGAACUCUGUGGUCACUAUCUGUUGCUGAAGAGUAUUUUUUAGGGUGUGCUCACAACCCUGAAAACAAGAUCCUAGUAAUGUUCUUACAAUGUCAAUAGCCAUGACCCUCUACUACGACAACUACCAAGGCAUGUCAUGCCUUUUCAGAUAACAUAUUCCACGACAUUUAUAAUUUGCGAUUUUCUAAUAGUAAACAUCUAAGAUAAACUCUCUAAGAUACUCUCUAAGAGUUUAAAGCAUAGGUAUUGUUGAUAGUAUUGAAUAAUUGACAUAAUUAUGACGUUGAUUCUUUUAUAUGCUUUGUCAAUUGCUCUUACUCUUCAGUGCAGGAAUCACAGCCAUGGCUCGCACGGUCCGGGAUUUGGUCGACAUGGCAUCUGUACUCACGAAAACAAAGAACUUUCGAAGACAAAAGAAAUUCUUCCUCUUAUAGAGGACUCCAGUAACUGUGACAUUGUCAAAGCUACACAAUAUGGAAUUUUUGAACGAUGUAAAGAGUUGGUAGAAGCAGGAUACGAUGUCAGACAACCAGACAGAGAAAAUGUGUCUCUACUUCACUGGGCUGCCAUUAACAACAGACUGGAGCUUGUAAAGUUUUAUAUUUCCAAAGGUGCUGUGAUAGAUCAGUUGGGUGGUGAUUUAAAUUCAACUCCUCUUCACUGGGCCAUCCGACAAGGGCAUUUGCCUAUGGUAAUAUUAUUACUCCAGCAUGGUGCAGACCCCACUCUGAUUGAUGGAGAGGGAUUCAGCAGCAUUCAUCUGGCAGUCCUGUUUCAGCACAUGCCUAUCAUAGCUUAUCUCAUCUCGAAGGGACAGAGUGUGAAUAUGACAGAUGUCAAUGGCCAGACGCCUCUCAUGCUAUCAGCUUACAAAGUAAUUGGGCCAGAACCGACUGGAUUUCUUUUGAAGUUUAAUCCCUCUCUCAGUGCUGUUGACAAAACACAUCAGAACACUCCACUUCACUGGGCAGUUGCAGCAGGAAAUGUCAGUGCAGUUGAUAAGCUGUUGGAGGCUGGUUCUAGCCUGGACAUCCGAAACGCUAAGGGAGAAACACCUCUUGAUAUGGCUGUACAAAAUAAAAACCAGCUUAUUAUUCACAUGCUAAAAACAGAAGCCAAGAUGAGAGCCAACAAAAAGUUUAGGCUUUGGAGAUGGCUACAGAAAUGUGAGCUCUUCCUGCUGCUGCUACUCUCUGUGAUCACCCUGUGGGCUGUUGGAUACAUCCUGGACUUCAAUUCAGACUCUUGGCUUUUGAAAGGAUGUCUUCUAGUAGCAUUGUUUUUUCUGACAUCUUUAUUUCCAAGGUUUUUGGUUGGCUAUAAGAACCUUGUGUACUUACCAACGGUCUUUCUGCUGAGCUCCAUUUUCUGGAUAUUUAUGACUUGGUUCAUCUUAUUCUUUCCUGAUGUAGCAGGCAGCCCUUUCUACUUUAUUUUCAUUUUCAGCAUCAUAGCCUUUCUCUAUUUUUUCUACAAGACGUGGGCAACUGAUCCAGGCUUCACUAAGGCUUCUGAGGAAGAAAGGAAAGUGAAUAUUGUCACCCUUGCAGAGACUGGCUGUCUGGACUUCAGAACAUUUUGCACAUCAUGUCUUAUAAGGAAGCCUUUAAGGUCACUCCAUUGCCAUGUGUGCAACUCUUGUGUGGCUCGAUUCGAUCAGCACUGCUUCUGGACUGGACGCUGCAUAGGUUUUGGCAACCACCACCAUUACCUCUUCUUCUUGCUUUCCCUCUCCAUGGUGUGUGACUGGAUCAUAUAUGGCUCUUUCGUCUACUGGUCAAAUCAUUGUGCCACAACAUUCAAGGAAGAUGGACUAUGGACCUACCUCAGUCAGAUAGUGGCCUGCUCUCCCUGGGUUUUGUAUAUCUUCAUGCUAGCAGCUUUCCAUUUCUCAUGGUCAACAUUUUUAUUAAUAAAUCAGCUCUUUCAGAUUGCAUUUCUGGGCCUAACCUCCCAUGAGAGAAUCAGCCUGUUAAAGCAGAGCAGGCACAUGAAGCAGACAUUGUCCCUCAGGAAGACACCAUAUAACCUUGGAUUCACACAGAACCUGGCAGAUUUCUUUCAAUGUGGCUGCUUUGGCUUAGUGAAGCCCUGCAUCAUAGAUUGGACCUCCCAGUACUCCAUGGUUUUCCACCCAGCCAAAGAGAAAGUUCUUCGCUCCGUGUGAAGAAAAGCACCUCAAAACUCACUCUGACUUGUUUUUGUUUGUUGGUGCUGUGAGGUCUGAAAGUGAAGUAAGAUGUGGAGCUUACCACAGUUCAAAACUGUGGCAACUCAGUCCUCAGCAAGUGUGCACCCCCUGUCAGACCUAGAGAGAGAGCCUGUUAUUGAGAAGUCUGACAGGAUCCUUAACAAACUUCCAUAUUUUCCCCACGAACAUGAGUUACUUUUUAAAAAACAUAAUAGUCACUGAUUAUGGAUAAAAUAGAAUAUUUUCAGAUUCUAUAUUGGCUUUUUAAAAAUAGUACUCUUGAAACAUGUAAUUUUUGAUAAGUUAUUUGUCUGUAUUGUAUCUAUAAAUAUGUAAAGAGUAUUUAAAUAGAUGUGCCUGUUUUGCUUUCACACUUAAUAAAAACUCUUUUUUUAUACUUGA